GGAAGUGGGGCGGAGGGGCAGGUGGCGGAGGGGAAGAUGGCGUACCAGAGCCUCAGGCUGGAGUACCUGCAGAUCCCACCGGUUAGCCGCGCCUAUACCACCGCCUGCGUACUCACCACUGCCGCAGUGCAGUUGGAAUUGAUUACACCUUUUCAGCUGUACUUCAAUCCUGAAUUAAUCUUUAAACACUUCCAAAUAUGGAGGCUAAUCACCAAUUUCUUAUUUUUUGGGCCAGUUGGAUUCAAUUUUUUAUUUAACAUGAUUUUUCUAUAUCGUUACUGUCGAAUGCUAGAAGAAGGCUCUUUCCGAGGUCGGACAGCAGACUUUGUAUUUAUGUUUCUUUUUGGUGGAUUCUUAAUGACUAUUUUUGGUUUGUUUGUGAGCUUAGUUUUCUUGGGCCAGGCUUUUACAAUAAUGCUUGUCUACGUGUGGAGCCGAAGGAACCCAUAUGUCCGCAUGAACUUCUUCGGCCUUCUCAAUUUCCAGGCCCCCUUUCUACCCUGGGUGCUCAUGGGCUUUUCCUUGUUAUUGGGGAACUCAAUCAUUGUGGACCUCUUGGGUAUUGCAGUUGGACACAUAUAUUUUUUCUUGGAAGAUGUAUUUCCCAAUCAGCCUGGUGGAAUAAGAAUUCUGAAAACACCAUCUAUUUUGAAGGCUAUUUUUGAUACACCAGAUGAGGAUCCAAAUUAUAAUCCACUACCUGAAGAGCGGCCAGGAGGCUUUGCCUGGGGUGAGGGCCAGCGCCUUGGCGGGUAAAGUGGCAGUGCCAAUAAUGGACCCAGCUGGGAAGGACUCAGUGACACACCCAUGGGGAUUCUUCUAUCCUUUGUGUUGCAAAAGUGUGGACACUUUUGACAGCUUGACAGAUGUUAACUCCAGAAGCACUUUAUGAAAUGGUACACUAAUCCAGAAGACAUUUCAAGCAGUUUGCCAGUGGUUCCUCACUACACUGGUACUGAAAGUGUAAUCUCUUGGAGCCAAAAAAACUGGAGAAACAAACACCCUACCACUUCUGGUGAACAAGUACUCGAGUACUUGAGUUCUGUGGUAUAAGGCAGAGCUUUUUCCUCCUCUUCUGUGAUAGACGCGGCCAUGGUGUAAAUGGAAGUUUCAGGGAGGAAAAAAUAAAACUGAAUUCCAUCUCUCUCUCACUGAA